ACUUGGUUACAUAAUGCUUAAAGCUCGAAUCUUGAUAACUAACUAACUAGGCCCAGUUUUAUUUUAUCAUUUAUUUUUAUUUUUCCAACUUCUUUAAUUUCAACACUUUAGGUGUCGAGCUUUUAGUGUUCAAAGUGUUCAAUGUUAUCCAUUGCAACUAAACUUCAAGCUGUAUCCCUCAACCUCAACAUCAACAUCAACAUCAACAUCAAUUAUUCCCUUGGAAUCUACAUAUCUAUCCAGAUAUUUACGUAAAUCCCAAGAAACUGACUGCUUGUCGAGUAAUCUUCUUAGGUUGACAGAAUGGCGACGCCAACACCGCCCAAGACCAUGUCUUCGAGACUAUUAACUAUGAAGUUCAUGCAGAGGGCUGCUGCAUCACCUGCCUCAUCUCCUACUACACCAACUCCAGAUGAACAACCUGCAAAACGCCGCAAGGUAUCUAGAGUUAUACCUAAGAGCUCUACUCAACGCGACUUCUCAGACUCGCUCGCGCAAAUACAUAUAGAUCAGGCCGCGGUGCAGGCAGCUAUUGCAGAAGAGGAGAGGAAGCGUCAAGAGGCUUUGGUAAAACACGCUGCUGAGCUAGGAGAUGCGCGUUGGGUACUGGAUGUGCCAGACAAGGAUGCAGCCUCCAAUCGUAAAAUCCAGACACUGAAUGUGGUUCAAGUUGGCUUUGCUCAGAUUGAUUCCCAAAUUGAUUCCUCCGAUGCUGCAGGUUUUGAUGCCGAACCAACUGACACCUCCUACCCUAGAACCCCAGUGGUCAGGCGAUACAACAUGGAUCGCAAACAGACAUCCAAAGACUCCGACUCCGACUCCGACAGUGACAAUUCCAGCUCUAGUUCUGAUUCUGAUUCCGACUCUAACUCCGACGCGUCUUCCCCAGAAAAUGGAUCAAAACGAAAAACUUAUGGAAACAGACCGGAACCCCUCCGAACAGCUAUACAAAGCAGACGUAGUGCUGAACAGGAAAAGGCUAAACAAUUUGCCGAGAAACGCCGAAAGAAGGAGGUCAGGCUUAAUAACACCAACUCACCCUCCACCUCUGGUGGCUUGCUUUCCAUCUCCUCUGGAGGGAGCACUCCAGCUCGACAGGCCAUGAAUUUUACUUGUCAUCGAUGUGGUAUGCCUGGACACAAGAUUGCAGAUUGCAAGAAUACACCUAAACGUACAGCACGAUGAGCCACUGGGCUUUUGAUCAUAAUAUGCGCUGAAACUCGGACCCAUGUCAUACCUAUCCAGGUGCAUUCGGAGACCGAUGCAGGUUUCCAAGGUUUUCGUUGGAGUUGAUAGCCAACAUUAAUGCGAAGUCAUACUUAACAACCCCUUGGGCCUGUUUCUCGAAAUGUGACCCUACCUACCUAGGUAGGUAUUCGCCUAUUCCCCUUUUUCGGUAGAACCCGCUAGGAAUGAGAACUCACAAACGUAACCUUACUUUACUACUCUG